AUCAGUAAGCUCAGUGUGUGACGCAUCAGUAACUGUUCGUAACCGGCGGUAAGCAAAAAUUGUAUCCGUCGUGAUGCGGUGCUGGGACGCCGUUUCCGUUUCCUGCCUGUUUCCACACUUCAUUUCUCCUUUCCUCCCUGUUCUUCACAAAUCGCUCGCUGUGUCGAGCGACGACUUUACUCACGGCCAUGGCCGCCGUUACUCCCGCUCAGCAAUCCCAGGCAGUCCAGUCGGGAGACCUCACCGACCUGGUUUCUUCCUCGACGUCUGCAACAGUCCAUCCUUCAGACGACACCAUUCUCUCUGUUCUACAAACCCGUUUCCGCCAAGACCUACCUUAUUCUAGAGUUGGUUCGACAAACUACGUUGUUGUCAACCCCUACAAAACGCUUGCGAACGUCAACGACAUCAGCGCCCAGGAGUAUGAGGAGCGAUCGUACAAGGACACGAGCCUUCCCCUACCAGGCACGCCCCCGCCGCUGCCGCCUCACCUAUACGACCUUGCUGCGCGAGUAUAUCUGAUGAUGAGGAGGCGGAAUGAGUCGCAGUCGGUCAUUUUCCGAGGUAUCACAGGUUCAGGGAAGACUGCGAGUGCACAGCUUGUCGUCAACCAGGUGCUAAGGCUAUCUUCUCAUUCAAAGCGUGAAACCCGCAUGGCAGAGCAAAUCAAGGCUCUGGGCACUCUACUCGACUCCUUUGGUAACGCGAAGACGCUCAUGAACCCGAAUGCUUCGCGGCAUGGUCGCUACCUCGAACUGCACUUCACUGAGCGAGGACGCAUAUCCGGCGGGAAGGUCCUCACUUACGCACUUGAAAAGUCUCGCGUAAAUCGUCUCACGCACGAGGAGCGCACGUUUCACGUAUUUUAUCAACUGCUAGCCGGAUCGACUCCGGAAGAACGCGACCGCUUCCAGCUCGAGGAUCCUUCGGAUUAUGCUCUUCUUGCAUCGUCGGGAUGCUACCGUCUACCCGCUGGCCCGUUUAGCGACGAUUCAAUAGCCAUGGACGAGCUGCGUGCCGCGAUGAAGACCCUCGGCUUCAAGUCAAAGCACACCUCAUCUAUCUUCAGCCUCCUGAUUGCAAUUCUCACCCUAGGCAAUGUCCAAUUUGGUGAAGGGGACGCACGAGACGUGUCCGCGUACGUCUCCAACCCCCUCGUUCUCGAUCAGGCGGCGCGUCUCUUGGGAGUCUCAUCAGAGGAGCUGGGAGAAACGUUGACAAAUAAGACCAGCUACGUCAGGAAGGAGCUAUAUACGGUUAUGCUCAACGCUUCGCAAAGCGCUGCGCAGCGAGAUUCGCUCGUUCGUGACCUCUAUGCCAUCCUCUUUGCCUACGUUGGCGAAACGGCGAAUCAUCGCAUUGCUCCGGGUUCCCAGGAUCCGCUACCGGCGACGCAGAUCAUUUUGCUAGACCAACCCGGCUUCCAGACACGGGGCCCCGGUGGUACCACGUCAAUGAUGCUCGGGGGUCCUGCGCCACUUGUCUCGGCCUACGGCCAGAACGGCUUCGACGAAUUUUGCAUCAACUUCUCAGACGAGGUGCUACAGUCGUAUGUCAUCCGCAACAUCUUUGAGGACUCCGUGGGUUACAACGCGCAAAUGACCGCUGAUGGCGUCUCGCUGCCGUCGGUCGCGAUUAUGGACAACUCUGCCUGCAUCGAGUUGCUACGAGGUGCGCAGCUUGACGAACGCGCUCACCGAAAGCCGUCUGGAAUACUCGGCGGGAUGAACAAAGCCUGUUCUGCCGUGAAGUCAGGCAAGAGCGGAGACAAGCGUGACGAGGAGCUCCUCCAGGAUCUCACCGCCAGGUUCGGCGCGCACAGCUCGUUCAUUGCCAACCCCCAGCCAACAGCAGGUCCUUCCGGGCGGCACGUAUUCGGCGUAAACCACUAUGCCGGCAGCGUUACUUACGAAGUUGAUGGCUUCGUGGAAAAGGACAUCGACGUUCUGGACUCGGCGUUCGUCACGCUAUUCCGCAACUCGAAGGAGCCCUUCGUCGCCAAGCUCAUGUCCGGCCCGAGUCUUGCUGCUGAGAGACAUUCUAAAGACGACUCCAUUAUUGUCCAGACACAGGCUUCGUCGCGUCCCUUGCGACAAGCUACGCCCAUUCCUUCCCCCGAUGGCACACUACCUCCUGCCGGCGAGGAGCAUCCCCGUCUCGAUCCCACCAAAGCUUACCCCGUCACGACGCAGAUCAACUACAACCUCUCCGAGAUUCUUUACAGCUUGGACCGGACGAGGCACUGGACCGUCUCCUGCAUUCGUCCGAACGACUCCGGGUCCUCCAACUCCUUCGACAAGCGCCGAGUCAAGCUGCAGAUUCGCUCUCUUCUACUCCCUGAUCUUGUAGCUCGCUGCAAGACGGAGUACGUUGUCGACAUGGACCACACCGCCUUCUGCGAUUGUUACGUUCCGACGAUGCAGGGAUCAGAAAGAGAACGGAUACGGCAGUGCGCGCAGGCGAAUGGCUGGGAGGAGGGUGUUGAGUAUGCGAUGGGUCACUCAAAGAUCUGGCUGUCUUACACCUCCUGGAAAAUGGUCGAGGACGUCAUUCGGUCGGCUGAGAAAGAAGCGAAGAAGCUCAUGGGUGGCGUAGACGACGACGAGAGCGUCCUACCCGACGACGCGACCGAGUAUUCCCAGCGCGACGCUAGCUCAUCCCACGUAGGCGGCGGUGGAUACUAUGCCGCGGAGAGCGAGGAUAACCUUCUACUCACGCGCAAUGGACCUGGCGGUGCUUACAAGUCGCCCAACGCAAAUAUGCCGUACGGUAACAGUCAGCUGUCGCAGUCUCAAGUUGUGGACGAUGCGCCUGCGUACAGUGACGCAGGAUGGGGCUCCGAAUGGGGAAAAGAGGGAGGUCGGGCGCCAGGCGACCAGAAGGAGGGCGGAGACCUCGUCGUCAGGGAGGCGCCAAACGCUGUGGAGGAGCUACCGACGACUCGAACGCGUCGCAUCUGGCUAUGGGUCGUUUGGGGUACGACGUUCUGGAUACCGUCGUUCCUACUGUCAUCUGUCGGCCGCAUGAAACGCGCAGAUAUCCGUCUUGCCUGGCGCGAGAAGUUCACGAUCUUCUGGCUCAUCCUCUUCCUAAACGCCCUUGUCAUCUUCUACAUCAUCGAGUUCGGUCGUCUCCUGUGUCCUAACUUCAACAAGGCGUGGUCGGUCCAGGAGGUUAACCAACACACCACUUCCAAUGACUACUGGGUUGCCAUCCAAGGUAACGUCUACGACGUCUCGAACUUCGUUCACGGCGAUCACAGCGAUAUCACUGGUGAAGCGAGCAAUGGUGCCGAUUCACUUUCGGCCCUCGCGGGUCAAGAUAUGACUGGUUAUUUCCCGCCUCCUCUCGUUCUCGCUUGCCCUGGACUCGUCAAUGACCCGAAUAUGGGGUUGCGCCCGGCCAACUUCACCCCGGAGAUUCCCACUGCAAUGCACACGUCUGGUACCCUGCAAUCCGCUCAGAAUACGAAGCUGGAUGCUUCGGACUGGUACACGGCGCGCUUCCUUCCCACCAUCCGCACUUUCCACAAAGGUCCGCUGGUCUGGGAUAAAUCGGCCAUUUGGAACGCGGCGAACGAUCAGGACUCGCCCCGGAACGUAAUCAUCUGGGAUAGUAGCAUCUACGACCUAACCGAUUACUUCAACACUAUCAGUCUCAACCUUGGCGACCAGUACGAAUUCCUGAACGAGAGCGUUAGCGACUUGUUUGAGCAACGUGUCGGACAAGAUAUCUCAAGCGAUCUGAACGGCGUACUCGCUGCGAUGGACCCAACCACCCGCGCGCAGAAUGUCGACUGUCUCAACAACGCCUUCUAUGUGGGCGAGUACGAUUUCCGCAAGACUGCGCGGUGCCAGGUCCAGAAUUGGCUUUUGGUCGCUGCGUCUGCGGUCAUCAUGGCGUCAAUGGUCUUGAAGUUCUUGUCGGCCCUGCAGCUCUCUCCCAAGCGCAAUCCCGAGAUGUUGGACAAGUUUGUCAUCUGUCAAAUCCCGUGUUACACUGAAGGCGAAGACUCACUCCGGCGGACGAUCGAUUCACUGGCGUCCUUGAACUACGAUGAUAAACGUAAGCUGUUGUUCCUCAUCUGCGACGGCAACAUUAUCGGUACGGGCAACGACCGCACCACGCCGCGCAUCGUCCUCGACAUCCUUGGUGUUGAUUCUAAGCUCGAUCCCGAGCCGCUGUUGUUCAAGUCGAUCGGAGAAGGGUCCAAGGCGCUCAACUACGGCAAGAUCUACUCUGGUUUGUAUGAGUUUGAGGGUCAUGUCGUUCCAUAUAUCGUCGUAGUCAAGGUCGGCAAGCCGACCGAACGUACCAGGCCCGGUAAUCGCGGCAAGCGAGACAGUCAGAUUCUUCUCAUGCAGUAUCUCAACCGCGUGCAUUUCGACUCGGCCAUGACCCCGCUCGAGCUCGAGAUCUACCACCAAAUGCGGAAUGUCAUUGGUAUUGACCCGGCGUUCUAUGAGUACAUCUUCACUGUUGAUGCCGAUACCACUGUCACCCCUGAGUCGUUAAAUCGACUAGUAGCCUCCGCCGCCGAUGACUCUAGCAUCAUCGGUAUCUGUGGUGAGACCAAGCUGGAAAACGAGGAAGGUUCAUGGUGGACAAUGAUUCAGGUUUACGAAUACUACAUCUCGCAUCACUUGUCGAAGGCUUUCGAGAGCCUGUUCGGCUCCGUGAGCUGUCUUCCAGGAUGUUUCUCAAUGUAUCGCAUACGGACGGCCGACAAGGGACGACCUAUCAUUAUCUCAAAUCGCAUCAUUGAGGAGUAUGCCGAACCCAAUGUCGAUACGUUGCACAAGAAGAAUCUGCUGUCUCUCGGAGAGGAUCGUUUCCUGACGACGCUUCUACUCAAGCACUUCCCGACGUUCCGGACUAAAUUCACGCCUGACGCUCUUGCACACACCGUCGCCCCCGAGUCCUGGCGAGUGCUGCUCUCUCAGCGUCGUCGGUGGAUCAACUCGACCAUUCACAACCUUUGCGAGCUGGUUUUCCUACCCGAACUGUUUGGCUUCUGCUGUUUCUCCAUGAGGUUCUUCGUUUUCAUUGAUCUCCUUGGUACCUUGAUCUUGCCGUCGACUGUCGUUUAUCUCAUAUAUCUGAUCGUUACUGUUACUGUGACGCAUGCCGCAGUCCCCGUCCUGGCUCUCGUCAUGUUGGCUGCAGUGUACGGUCUGCAGAUGAUCAUCUUCAUCCUCAAGCGAGAGUUCAUGCUCGUCGGUUGGAUGGUGGUUUACAUCCUCUCAUAUCCCGUGUACAGUUUCCUCCUACCCGUAUAUUCUUUCUGGUGCAUGGAUGACUUCAGUUGGGGUAGCACUCGUCUGGUCAUUGGUGAAGGCAGCAACAAGAAGGUCAUCAUGAAUGACGACGAGAAGUUCGACGACUCCAUGAUCCCCAUGAAGAAGUUCAGCGAAUACGAGGCUGAGGCUUGGGAGACUGCGUCGCACCACUCUGGUGAGACAGGCUAUAGUGGUAGCAAGGCUCAAUCGCGCGCUAGGUCUCGCGCUCCUGGGUCCCGUGCCGAAUCGCCACGCAGCUUCCACCCCUCGCAAAGCGGAGACUACUACAGGGACACAAAUCCUCUCGACAAGAAUGGCUCACAACGGCCUGUUGGAAGCAACCACUCGCAUCAUGGUGGACAGCCGGCGAUGUCGACAUACGGCCUUCCUCAGUUACCGUUCAUGCCGUUCGGCGGCGGCCCCGGCUCCGUCGCUGGCUCUGACCACGGCGGUCAGAUGCCCAUGCCCGGUCCAAUGACAUACCAGCACACAGGCAGCGUGUACGGCAUGAUGCCUACGAUGCCUAUGGCGCCACGCAACACUGUCAUGUCCAUGGGUAUGUUCGGUGGUAACGUGAGCGGAUCACAGGCGGGAGACUUUGCUCCGCCGAUGGCUCCUGGCAUGCAGGGCCGCCCAAUGUCGACCUUCUCGAUGGCGACGUCGGUCAAUCCGUUCGCGACGCCAUCGCCGAGCAUGAAUCCCAACCCGAAUGAUGAGGAGCUGACCAGCGCCUUACGGCAAUACCUGAGCACGCAAGACCUCAUGACAGUUACCAAGAAAACUGCGCGAGAAGCGAUGCAAGCCCGAUUCCCCAAGGCGGACUUGUCGACUCGGAAGCAGUUCCUCAACGACUCGAUCGACAGCAUUCUUUCUCAAUCAUAGACGUUGGUGGUCUCUCAUUGUUUUGGUCGUUGCAUCUAGUAUCUCUUAGUUGGCAUUCGGACGGACUAUUAGUCAAGUAUCGGACUGGACUAUCUGCCUACCACCAUAUCCUGGACUUCAUCCCCUCAUGCAUAGUCUAAACUUCGCAUUGAUACAGCCUUGUAAUAGUCGCUCUCUUAGGACAAUUCGAACCUUGCAUUGCCUCCGUUUCCCG